UCAAGAUCAUGAAAAUGCAAAGUUAAUGCAAAUAGGCAUUCAAACUGCUAUAGCUAUCUCUAUUCAUAAAUUUCCAGAGGGUCUUAUAACUUUCGUUUCUUCUAAAGCAUCUCGUUCCCUUGGUAUUUCCCUAUUCGCAGCUAUUGCCUUACAUAAUAUAGUGGAAGGUCUCACUAUCGCUCUCCCUAUAUAUAUCGCAACGCGUUCACGAAUAAAGGCUUUUCUAUACGCUAGCAUUUUGGGUGGUCUUAGUCAACCAUUAGGUGCCCUAAUUGGCUGGCUAUUCCUAAACGAGUCGUUCUUCAAUUGUUGGAAUCACUACUUCAUUUAUGGAGCUUUGUUUGCCGCAACCAGUGGUUUAAUGGGUGUUAUUUGCAUCAAUGGAAUGCUACCACAAGCAAUCAAACAUGAUACAAAAGAUGGUCAAUCAAAAAAAGACUUUGGCCGGCACGCAACAUUAGACUCAGUUUGGUCUGGCCAUAUUUCUAAUUGGUUUUUUGUUUUUGACAAUUGUUAG